CAUACCACACAAGCGCCGAAGCGCGCGUGCCAACAACAAGCGAAGCCUGCCGACGAGUGCCGGCAGCCCGGCACCUCCAAUACUCUCCCUGAGCGCCAUAAGGAUAGACAUGGCUGCCGCCGUCGCCGCCGUCUCCCUCCUGCUGUUCCUCUCCGCCCAGGGCGCGGCUCCCGUUCUUGGCUUCACGAGGGGGGACUUCCCCGAGGAUUUCGUCUUCGGAUCCGCUACCUCUGCUUAUCAGUAUGAGGGUGCUGUUGCAGAGGAUGGCAGGAGCCCAAGCAUCUGGGAUACCUUCACUCACGCAGCUUGAUGACGUAUUACGGAUCAUGUUUUCAUCUCUGUAACAGGGAGAAUGCCGGACAAAAGCAAUGGCGAUAUAGCCACCGACGGGUAUCACAAGUACAAGGAUGAUGUCAAGCUCGUAACUGACACUAACCUGGAGGCUUAUAGAUUCUCCAUCUCCUGGUCCAGGCUUAUACCAAAAGGAAGGGGAACUGUCAAUCCAAAAGGGUUAGAGUACUACAACAAUCUUAUAGAUGAACUAGUGAGACAUGGUGUUCAAGUCCACGUUAUGAUGUACCAGCUGGAUCUCCCUCAGGUUUUGGAAGACGAGUAUGGUGGAUGGUUAAACCCCAGAAUUGUGGAGGAUUUCACAGCAUAUGCAGAUGUGUGCUUCAAGGAGUUCGGUGAUAGGGUUUCGUACUGGACUACUCUGGAUGAAGUCAAUGUCGCUGCAGUCGGGUCGUAUGAUAUUGGACAAAUCCCACCUGCGCGAUGUUCUGAUCCAUUCGGAGUAACAAAAUGUACAGUGGGGAACUCAAGUGUGGAACCAUAUAUAGCAGCUCAUAACAUGUUAUUGGCACAUGCAUCAGCUACCAGACUGUACAGAGCAAAAUAUCAAGCUGUGCAAAAAGGAGUUGUUGGCAUAAAUAUAUACACAAUGUGGCCAUACCCAUUAACAAACUCCACUGCCGAUUUAGAAGCAACUCAAAGAUUUCGGGACUUCUAUUUUGGCUGGAUAGUAGAACCCUUGGUGUUUGGAGAUUAUCCACAGGCAGUGAAGAAGAAUGUUGGUUCUCGCCUUCCAUCGUUCACAAAAGUACAAUCUGAAGCCAUCAGGGGUACUCUAGACUUCAUUGGAAUAAAUCACUAUUAUUCUUUCUAUGUGAACGACCGCCCGUUAGAAAAAGGCAUCCGCGACUUCGCACUGGACAUCUCUGCUGAGUAUAGAGGUUCAAGAACAGAUCCACCCAUUGGUCAGCACGCCCCAACAUCCAUUCCGGCUGAUCCCAAAGGAUUGCAACUUUUGGUGGAGUACCUGAAUAAAGCCUACGGGAAUCUUCCCGUUUAUAUCCAAGAGACAGGCUAUGCGACCAAAAAUGGUAGUCUCCAUGAUACUGACAGGGUCGAUUACAUGAAGAACCACAUAAGGAGCACAUUGACUGCACUAAGGUGUGAAAUGUCAAAUCAGAACGGAGCCAAUGUGAAAGGCUACUUCGCGUGGUGCUUCAUGGACGUCUUCGAGUACCUUACAGGAUUCAAGUCGCAGUACGGCCUGUACCGCGUCGACUUCAAGGACCAGGUGCUUCCAAGGCAAGCUAGGCUCUCUGCUCGCUGGUACUCCGAAUUCCUCAGGAACAAGGAGAUCCAGAUCCGUGAAGAGAAUGAGCUAGACGAUGCAGGAUCGCACGCUCAGCAAUGACUCGUGUAGUUCACUGCGGUGAUUUAUCAUUUCUCAACAUACUAUGGCAGCCUUCGGAAGAAGAACCAUAUUUUAUUUAAGUAAAAUAAAAACUGGCACUCUGGCAGGAGUUUUACCAGAUUUGCGUUAAUAAAGAAGCAGGGGACUUACCAGAUUGCGUUAAUAAAGAAAGAGGUUUACAUAGGCCUAGAGACUAGAGAGAGAUGGAAAAAAUUGUACAUGAAACGACACAUGACAGGUUAGCGCUUCAGUCGGAGUAGAAAGAGAUUUUGCUCUUGUAAUUUGAUCAGAGCUCAAUGCA